AUGAUCAACGAUACUUCGGCUAGCGAGCAGACCGGCAUCACGCUUUUUAUGUGCACUGUCGGCUUUCAAGUUCAGCAGCUCCACAUCGAAGGCCAGGACGACAAACUGGCCAUGUGCGCAGAAACGGUGCAGCAUUGGUUGGACCGCCGGGAGCUGAUUGAAGCCCAGCUCGACGUGCAUGGUCUAAAAGAUAUCGCAAUGACCAACUCGCGACCCGUCGCUUCGUACGUAGCCCAACUGGCGGCAUUCGGGACAUUGGUGGCAGCGAUUGGGGAUGUACAUCGACGGGAUACGCUCCUGUCCCGCUCGUUCAGCUCGCUACUGCUUGCCACAAAUGUGCAGAAUAUUGUUGUUUCGACGGCCGCCGACUUGGCGAUGGCUCAUAUAGCCGAAAAAAUUCCCCCACCCUACCAUGUGAAGCUCACGGAGGAAAUUUUGCAAAGAACAGCAACGCUACUUUCCUCUGACCACUUCCACGUCCGCGUCAGCUGGGCCGAGAAACAAUUGGGCCGAUCGCAAUACACGCAAUCCGAGACGUAUCGCCUCCUCUACGUCAUCCUUGACAGCUCGUACCCGAUAUGGCGCGCCAUCGGCUAUCGAGCCGAACCCGACGCCCCGGCCGUGCUUCCCUUCUUGCGAAAAGUUGCGGCCUGUAGUCAGAUCCGAACGGCUACAGAAAAGGGCGGCAACUCUAAGGAGGAGGAUGAAGCCGCAGGAUUGGAAGAAAAGGAAGGGCCCGGCACGCUGGGGCUGCGCAUCGAAUGCCGGGUUGGUAUUGGCGGCUACGCGGGACUCCGGGCUGACAGCAGCCAUUUAAUGCGCUUGCUUCAGAAAUGUCGUCAGACGGUCGACGGGCCGGAUGAUUGUCUCGUGCUCCACGCUUCAGAUCAUUCGCCGAGAAAGCGCUACGUGUGCACAAAAUGCGGAACGCAGGCCAGCCGCCUCAUCGACCUCGAGCCCCACCAUCGUCGAUGUCCAUUCCGGGGUGGCGGCGCCGGACGCGUCCUCGACAGAGCCGACCACAGCCUCGUCAACACGUGGUACCGCGAGUUCACGCAGUGCUUUGCCGAGCCCGACCACGAGUGCUUCAUCAACGGGCUGAUGAUCAUGAAGGAGGACGAGAUGGCCCGCGCCAAGUCGACCCCCGUCCCCUCCACU